AUGGUAAUGCUUCAUUCUAAAAACGUCAAAGUGUUUCUGGAAAGUACUCUGAAACCGUAUGAUCUGCAUUCUGUAGACUUUAAGACAUCAUCCUUACAGUCGUCUAUACUUAUAACUGCCACCAAUGGAGGUAUACUGUCCUAUGCAACCUCAAAAAGUGACAUGUCGAAAAAUUCGAUAAACGAAAUAAACUCCGUCAACAAUCUGAAAAUGAUGAGCUUGCUGAUAAAGGAUAAGUGGUCAGAGGAUGAAAAGGAUAGUGCAGAGCAAAUCACAAAUAGCUGUUACCCUGUUGAGAUAGACUCCUACAAAACAAGAAUAUAUACCUACGAAAUGGAGGAUCUGCAUGCCUGUGUCGCGCAGGUACCCAACAGCGACCUCCUGCUAUUGUUUAUUGCGGACAGCACAUUUCCCUACGGGUUACUAGCGAUAAAAAUAGAAAAUGCUAUGAGGGAACUCACCGACCUCUUUGGUUACAGACUAGGUUGA